UGUUUGUUUAUCUAUUUCUUAUGAAAACUUGCAGGAGUAAAUGGUUUUAAUGUAGUUUUCAGGUUGCUUAAGGAUGAGAACAUGGAAUAUAUUAUAUUGUUUGAUUUUCGGGAUCGUGUUUUUGUCCAAAACAGAUAAUGGUGAUUGUCGUAGAGUCCAAGAAAAUUCAUGCCAUAAUGCUACAAGAUACAGCUGCAAUCUACAGAAAAAUUAUUUUAACAUCCUCUUUAUCACUUCAGAUAUUUUGAACAAGAAAGUGGGAUAGGUGUUGCAUCUCAUACAUUGCGUCAUUCAGGCAGUGCAUUUAGACAUAUGCUUGGACAUGAAGCAGAUAAUAAUGAAAAUAAUACUUUGGGAUAUACAUCAGUUAUGCCAUCUUCAUCAUUUCCCACAGAAAAUGAAUCCAACAUAAGUUUUACAUCUACUUCUGAAUCAAAGACUGUAUUAUCAGAAUUAUGUGAUAUGAAAAUACCUUGUGAAAAACUCAGUGCUGAUUGUAUUGAUUGUAAAUUUAAUAAAUCUUGUGUAUAUGGUGAAACAAUUUCUGUUGAAUGCAAGGUUAAAGGAAAACAUUUUUGUCAGGGUCCUUUGACCUUUAUGCGAACUAUGAAAUGUCGUUAUUGUUAUCAAACAGAAAAUACUGAACAUACAUGUCAAAAAAAUUCAAGCUGCCAAGUGAUUACUGCUCCACGACAAAAAUAUAUUACUACUUGUAUGGUACAUAGUAAUAUUAUUUGUUUAGGAAACAGAACAUUUCCAAAAAAUCUUAUAUGCAAUUGGACAAAAGGAUAUAGUUGGAGAACUGCUCUUCUUUUAAGUAUUGUUCUUGGUGGUUUUGGAGUGGACCGAUUUUAUCUCGGCAUGUGGCAAGAAGGAAUAGGAAAAUUAUUCAGUUUUGGGGGCUUGGGUGUCUGGACGCUGGUGGAUGUGAUAUUGAUAGCAACAGGUUACUUGGGUCCUGCCGACAUGUCUCUUUACAUUCGCUAAGUAUUUUAAUUUUUAUACGAAAAUGUAUAAUUUCAAGUAUUUAUACUUAUGUACAAAAAUGUUUGAAAUAAAAAAUUUGUUUAUAUCUGGUUUAAAAAAUAACUGAACAAAAUUUUUUAAAUUUUAGCUGACCCAUUUACACCCCUUAAGAACUACUUUUGGUUUUUAUUGUAUGUAUAUAUCAAGAAUUAGAAUUCUUCAUUCCUACAUUUCAGGAAUGUUAAUUAUCUUUUUGUGAAUUGUAAUAGUAUUUUUAUCAUCAAUAUUUUACAU